UCACCACACAUCGCGGAUGUCACCCGCCACUCCUGUAACGUAAAGGAAGACGACGGCACUUUGUCGUUCACGUCUCUCAUUAAUCUUCGCAAACAACGAUUUAGACAGCAUGUAAGGACUUUUUUUUUUUUUUUCCUGAACGUACUUUCACAGCAUAAACCUCACAAAGACACGUCUGUUAGUUUGUUUUUUUUCGGAACAUGGUUUCACGUGCGUGUCUUGCUAGCUUGUAGUGCUACACACUGCUAAUCGUGAUCGUUGCUGCUAAUUUCAUAUUUUGCUCUCGCUCUCAGUGGACGAAUGCGUCGAUGUUCAUGGGAAUACUGUAGGUAAAACCAGUGUUGCCUUUGCUUGAGCACAAUGGCGACCCAGAGAGUGCUUCCUCAGAGCAAAGAAACUCUGCUCCAGAACUACAACAAGAGGCUGAAAGAUGACAUCAGGUCCAUCCUGGACAACUUCACUGAGAUCAUCAAAACUGCCAAGAUAGAAGACGAGACGCAGGUUUCUCGAGCAACUCAAGCAGAGCAAGACCAUUAUGAGAUGCAUGUACGAGCAGCUAAUAUUGUCCGCGCUGGCGAGUCGUUAAUGAAGCUGGUGUCGGAUCUGAAGCAGUUCCUGAUCCUGAACGACUUCCCCUCGGUCAACGACGCCAUCAGCCUGCAGAACCAGCAGCUGUGCUCGCUGCAGGAGGAGUGCGACAAGAAGCUGACCUCCCUGCGCGACGAGAUCGCCAUCGACCUGUACGAACUCGAGGAAGAAUAUUACUCCUCCAGGUACAAGUAGACUUACUCGCCACCGCCCAUCUCGCCGCUGUCCUGCGCUCCCACCCUCACCAUUCGCCGCUAAGCCCCAGAAGCCGUCAUCCUGUUCAUCGUCGUCAUCAUCAUCCAGUAGUAGCUGUGUGUGAGUGCUGGAUAUGCACCAUGUAUAGUCACAUAGUUGCCUUCCCCACAUCAUCUAGUGCCUUACAUUUUACUGCUCUUUGAAAUGAGAAUGGUUGAGCUUUAAGAAGCUACUGAACAGAAUAUCAGCAGAGUAACUUGGAAUAUGAGAGCAAAACAGGUACUCUAUGUCUCAACAUUUGGUGCCCCCCCCCCACCCCGACAGUGAUAAUUGAUGUAGAUUAGCAGUCCCCCCCCCCCCGCCCCCCAAACAUUUAAACCAAGGCACAUAUUUUAAAAAUCAAAGUGGCACACCACCAGACAAAAAUUUAAAACUGAUAUGAUGAUGUCAUCAAUUUACUCACAAAUUGAAUUCCCCGGUGUGAAAUCUGGGGCUGUUUAGUUGAACAGAAAGUUAUCAUUCUGUUGUCUGAAACAGGUGGACACAGGAUAAUUGUACCUUCUGCUAUCUAGUGGAAGAGCAUAUCUAUGUUCUGCCCGUCGCUGUAUCUCACUGGCAAAGCUAGAAGAACAAAGUUGCACUAGUUGUAGAAAAUAAAUCAAAACAUUUUUGAAAAUGUGAGAUUGAAUUGAAAUGGAAUUUAGCUCACUGCUGGUCAAAAGAUUUAGAAUACCCCAUUUGAAAUCCAUGCAUUUCAAUGUCUCAUAGUCUGAAAUAAAGGCAUAUAACAAAUAAACCAAGUUACCAAAGAAAUCGUGGAAUCAAUCUAUAAACAAAAAAUGUAUUUCCCAGCUUUUGAAUCAUUAAAGUAGCCACCCUAGGCAAAUAUAAAAUAAGAGCUAAACACUCUUAUGGCAUUCUUUCUACAGUGGAAGUCAAAUAGUCUUCAGAAAGUUCUUCCCAACUCUGUUGCAGAUGUUCCCAUAAAUGUGUGGGUAAAAAAAUACUCCUGAAAGGUGCUUGCAGCCUCAUGUUGUUGCGUUUUAUGCAUAAACUGCAUUUGCUUCCAUUAGGUUGAAUUUUUGGGUACAUUUAUAUUUUUAUUAUCUAUCAUUUAUUCUUAUUUAAAGAUUCAUUUUACACAGAAAAAUGUUUACAUAUUGUUUAUUGAAAAGUAGUGCAAUAAAAAUAAGGGUUUUUCCCUAACGUGAGGAAUAAUUGUGAUUAAUAAUCGGGAUUAUUAUUUUGGCCAUAAUCGUGCAGCCCUAGUUUGUACCAUUCCAAGCAGUUGAACUACUUGACAUUCAAUUUUACAAAAUGGCGGGGCAUUCUAAAAUGUUUGACCGGUAGUGUAGCUGAUGUUCUCUCGCAGUACACUAAUGUGCUGUGGUCGGAAUCACUUUAUAAGGAGACCAGAAGAUUCGGAGUUUACAUUUUCAGCCUCAUGAGCAGAAGGAAGAUCACUAAAUUGAUCUGAUAGUUUAAAAAUAAAAGAAGUAUAUUUAUGGAUGAAUAUGUAGUUGAUGGUCACAAAGCUCUUUAAAGAAAAUUAGCACUCUUUUUAAAUGAAAGUGUAUGACAGUACACUCACCGGCCACUUUAUUAGGUAGACAUUGCUAGUGUGCAACAAUCGUCCUAAAUUUGGGCGUUUAAACGAGGGAUGACCAUUAGACUGCAUUGCCUUGAUCCGCUAUGGAGCCGUCAAUUAAUCAGUUACAGUUCAUUUUACGUUAAAGCGCUAACAAAAGUGUAUUUUUAAUAUUGUUUGGUUAGACUUCACUCCUGUCACAUUCCAUGAGUGUAAGUGUGGGAUAGGAGAUUCUCUUUGCGAAUAACCUGGACUCCUGUUUCCAUGCCAUUUUCUUAUUGAGCAGAAUUCUGCAGCUCAGAGGGGUUGAGCUGUCGCAGGUCUGUGUGGACGUAGCAAAACGUCCUUUGUGUUGUUCUUCCAGAGAGUCUGUUAACAGCUCCUCUGCCAGUUACAGUACACGCUCCAUUUGGCCUCAAUUGGCGAAUUUGGAACAAACUAUUAAUCAGCUAAUCGAUUACACUGCUCAUUUGUGAUGUGUGUAUGUAUGUAUGUGUGUGUGUGUACUAAGGGGCCUAGAAAAUAUGAUGGUGCAACGCCAUCUUAUCAAAUUCUGACCCAUUUGAAUGUGGAAAUUGAAGCUCAUCAGAUGAGACGUUUUCUGUUCGGUUGUACAAUUUUAGCCUCUUAUCUUCUGAGGUUGUGGUGUGGUCAUGUUGAGCGUUUAGCUUUGCUCUUCUACAUACUUUGUAACCAGUGGGUUGCGUUACUGUUGCCUUUCGAUCGACCACGCGACACACUGAGUCAUUCAAACUUCCCCAGUCUGGUGUGCUGGUUUGUGAUUGGCUGAUACUGUGUAGGUUUUUACAUUGAGGAGUAAUUGAAUAGGUGUCCCCAAUUAAGAGUCUUAGCCUUAGUCUUGGCCAUAUUAGGUUAUUAUUAUUAUAGUUCCUUAUGUGACUGACUAAUUCAUCAAAUUGUUGCAGAUUUUACUUUGCGUAGACACAGCAGUAUGCUGUUAAUUCAACGUGAAUACUGGUAGGGGAGACAUUUUGUUUUUCUGAAGGCCUUUCCCUCCAAAUAUUGGCUUCCAUCCUUGUGUGACUCAAACUGUAAAAAAUAAAUAAAUAAAUAAAUCAUUAUACUGAUUAAGAAAUAAAAUAGAGAGGAAAACUGGA